AAAUUCAAAGAUAAGACAUUGACAGGAUGAAAUUCAUAUAAAUAGCGAUUUAUAGAAAGCAAGGCAAACACAUAUUGUUCUUCUCGGUUAGUGAUAAACAACAAAAUGGCAAUGUGCAAAUCAAUUAAACCAAUGGCUCAGAUGUUGCUAUUACUACUAGCGAUUCAUUGGCAUAUCUUAACUGUUGGUUCAACAACCGAGACCUCUGCCUCAUUCGCCAAACAUAGUUCCGUCACCGUAAAUAAACCGUCUUCUGAGAUCGAUUUUAUAGUUUGGCGGCGAGAGCUAAGAGGUGGUGGAGGAGGAGGUCGUGGUGGUGGAGGCGGUGGAAGGAGUGGUAGCGGCGGUACAAGCAGCGGUAACUGCCUCAAGCACUAUGGUCUGUCCAAAAGCCUAUUAUUCAUCGGUAUAUUAAGCUAUUUGCUUGGUGUAUGGUAGAAAGUUUUAAAAGGUCAUUUAACUUUUUAAGAAAAACUAAAUAAUGUAUCAAGAUGUUGAUUAUGUGGUUUGGUGCACUGAUGCUUGAUUUGUAAUACUCUUUUCCAUCGUAUGUUUUCUAUAUUAUGUAAUAACCCAAUACUAUUGUAUAUAUUGUGCGUCAUACGUUUUGUAAUAACCUAAUACUAUUGUAUAUAUUGUGCGUCAUAGGCAAACGUUUGCGUGUGUUAUUUUUUUUUUCCAAUAUUCGUUAUAUUGCAUUUAUUAAUUCAAAGUUUUAAGAGUCUUGGUUUCUAAU